GUCGUCACUUCUGCUUGAUCAUCGCUUUGCAUAUAAUCUUGGACGGAGGCUUGACUUCCACUUUCAUUGCUCGUCGUACUCACACUCGCAAUUCAUCACGAACGUCAGUGAUCACAAAAAACUUGGCAGGGCUGAAUUCCGGGAAUUCCACAACCCCUCCUUACUUCACGAAUUACGAUUUCACGAAUAAGCACAACCAGACACAUACAAUUGAUCGCACUUUGAUCACAUCGAAAACAUGUCGACUUCUAAUAUGAACUUUACGGAUAGGGCCAGCAAGGCCCUUUCCGAUGCGAUGGGCAUCGCAGAAGCCAAUGCCCACCCGCAAUUACUCCCAAUACACUUGGCAUCGAGUCUGCUCGACCCUCCACCAGACGAAUCGAAGGACCAACAACAGACCAUGAACGCAUCUCAUGGUGCCUCAUCACAAUCCCUUUUUCGUCAGGUGGUCGAACGAGCCCAUGGCGACGCGCAAGGUUUCCAAAGAGCCCUGAACAAGGCCAUCGUACGAUUACCAAGUCAAACACCACCGCCCGAGCAAAUCGCCAUGGCACCCUCGUUCACGAAGGUCUUGAGACAAGCACACGAACUCCAAAAGACACAAAAGGACUCUUUCAUUGCAGUUGAUCAUUUGAUCAUUGCCUUGUCUGAGGAUACUACUAUUCAGACCUGCUUGAAGGAUGGCAAUAUUCUCAAUGUCAAGGUUCUACAAGAUGCUGUUCAGCAGAUUCGGGGCACACGCCGGGUAGACACCAAGACAGCCGAUGCCGAGGAAGAAUUCGAGAAUCUGAAGAAAUUCACGAUCGAUAUGACUGCAAUGGCAAGAGAGGGCAAGGUGGAUCCUGUUAUUGGCAGAGAGGAGGAAAUCAGAAGAGUUGUCCGCAUCCUGUCAAGACGUACCAAGAACAACCCAGUCUUGAUCGGAGAGCCAGGUGUGGGAAAGACAACAGUCGUCGAGGGUCUAGCACAACGUAUCGUCAACAAUGAUGUACCGGACAACCUCGCAGCCUGCAAAUUGCUUUCCCUCGAUGUCGGCUCUCUUGUUGCAGGUAGCAAGUACAGAGGAGAAUUCGAAGAGAGAAUGAAGGGUCUCUUGAAGGAAAUUGCAGAAUCGAAGGAGUUCAUCGUCCUAUUUGUCGAUGAGAUGCAUCUCCUCAUGGGCGCUGGAUCAAGCGGUGAAGGUGGCAUGGAUGCUGCCAAUCUGCUCAAGCCCAUGUUGGCUAGAGGUCAACUUCACUGCAUCGGUGCUACCACCCUUGCCGAGUACCGGAAAUACAUCGAGAAGGAUGCCGCCUUCGAACGACGAUUCCAGCAAGUCCUCGUUAAGGAACCCACGGUUCCAGAGACAAUUUCGAUUCUCCGUGGCCUCAAGGAGAAAUAUGAAGUCUACCACGGCAUCACCAUAUCUGACGGAGCUAUCGUCACUGCAGCUACAUUAGCUGCCCGCUACCUCACUCAGCGACGCCUCCCUGACUCAGCCGUUGAUCUUAUCGAUGAAGCUGCAGCUGCAGUGAAGACCGAACGAGAAUCCCUUCCCGAAGCUCUGGACAACUUGAACCGCAGGCUUCAGCAAUUGAAGAUUGAGAUUCAUGCAUUGACCAGAGAGAAAGAUGACGCUUCCAAAGCACGUCUCGCGCAAGCCAAGCAGGAUGCCCAAAACGUGGAAGAAGAGCUGAGACCACUUCGCGAGAAAUAUGAGAGUGAGCGAGCUCGAGGCAAAGCAAUUCAAGAGGCCAAAGUCAAGCUUGACGCAUUGAGGGUCAAGAAGGAUGAGGCUACCCGUAUGGGUGACGAUGCACGAGCUGCUGACUUGCAGUACUAUGCCAUUCCUGAGCAGGAGGUAUUCAUCAAGAGUCUAGAGAAGCAAAAGGCCGCUGCCGAUGCUGCUCUGAGCUCUGAGCACAACCCAGAUUCUGGUGGAUCCCUUAUUACCGACGUUGUCGGUCCAGAUCAAAUCAACGAAAUUGUUGCUCGGGCUACUGGUAUCCCUGUCACGAGACUGAAGACCACAGAGAAGGACAAACUCCUGCAUAUGGAGAGAGUUCUCGGCAAGAUUGUAGUAGGCCAAAAGGAAGCUGUCAAGGCAGUCUCCGACAAGAUUCGUCUCCAACGAUCUGGACUCAGCAAUCCCAACCAACCUCCCAGCUUCCUCUUCUGUGGACCAUCGGGUACUGGCAAGACCCUGCUCACGAAAGCGUUGGCUGAAUUCCUCUUUGAUGAUCCAAAGGCCAUGAUUCGGCUUGACAUGUCUGAAUAUCAAGAACGCCAUACAGUCAGUCGCAUGAUUGGUGCACCACCGGGUUACGUUGGACACGAUGCUGGUGGACAACUUACGGAAGCCCUUCGCCGUAAGCCGUUCUCGAUUCUCCUCUUCGAUGAAGUCGAAAAGGCUGCAAAGGAAGUACUCACUAUCCUUCUCCAGCUCAUGGAUGAUGGGCGUAUCACCGAUGGCCAAGGACGUGUUAUCGAUGCUCGCAACUGCAUCGUUGUCAUGACCUCUAACAUCGGAGCUGAGUACCUUCAACGCGCAACAACAGCCAACGGCAAGAUCGAUGACACGACAAAAGCUAUGGUCAAGAAGGCGUUGGAAGACUAUUUCUUACCAGAAUUCCUGAAUCGUAUCAGCGAAACCAUCAUCUUCAACCGGUUGUCAAGGGCCGAAAUCAGAAAGAUCGUCGAAGUUCGCUUGAGUGAGAUCCAGAAGCGUCUAGAGAGCAAUGGCAGAAAUGUCAAGAUUGACUGCACUCCGGAUGUUAAGAACUGGCUCGGCACUGCUGGUUACAAUCCUAGCUACGGUGCUAGGCCCCUUGCGAGAUUGAUCGAGACGGAACUCUUGAACAGGCUUGCUGUGAUGAUCCUCAGGGGCAACAUCAAGGAUGGAGAGACUGCCAGAGUGUACUUGGACAAUGGCAGGAUCAAGAUCCACCCCAACCAUACCGAUACGGAUACGAGCAGUGAAGACGACAUGGAGAUUGACGAGUCGGAUAUCGAGGAAGUAAUCGGUGAGGAUGAUGAUGGGAUGCAACUUUACGAAUAGAUCAUAGGGGCUUGAGUUUUAGGAUAGAUAGCAGAUUGAUGAGACGAUGAGCGAUAUUUCAUUACAUCAAAAGCAUGGCGUUCGGAGGGUUUUGAUCGGUGGCCGGGUCCUCGAUGUUUUCAGGGGAUACCCUUCAGAUGAAUAAUGUAGCCUGAGAAGAAGAAUUACACGUAAAAGAGAUCCCCAAA